GACUAUGUUCCCCAAUAAUCUAGGCAGGUAGUAUAUGUGUCUGGCUGAGAAGUGUCAGAAGUGCUUAAACUUAAAGCCUUAAACAACAAACCCCACCAAAACAAUGCUUUCUCUCAUUUCUCCUUCACCUCCUCUCCUUCACUUCACCACUAACAAAGCCACUCUUCAAAAUUUCAUCAUUCCAAGUACUUCUUCUAACACAAGAGGCAGUAGAGGAAGAUGGGUACCACGAACUGUUACAAGAGUCUCAUCCUCAGAUGAAACAAAGGUUGCUAUUGCAUCAAUCCCAACAACAACAACAACGAAGGUAAAUGUUGUUGAUGAUGCCGAGGAUGUUGUUGUAGAAUCUGCCGAGGAAGUUGUGAGAAAAUUCUAUGAUGGAAUCAAUGGCCGCGACUUGGCCUCCGUGGAGGACCUCAUUGCCAGUAACUGCGUGUACGAGGACCUUAUCUUUGCAACUCCUUUUGUUGGUCGCAAGGAAAUCCUGCAGUUCUUCAAAAAAUUCACUGAUUCCACCUCCAUAGACCUCCAAUUUGUUAUUGAUGAUUUGUCUACUGAGGAUUCCUCAGCAGUUGGAGUGACAUGGCAUUUAGAUUGGAGGAAGAGGCCUUUUCCUUUUAGCAAAGGAUGCAGCUUUUAUCGAUUGGAGGUCGUGAAUAAAAAGAGACAAAUAAUUUAUGGACGAGAUGUUGUAGAACCUGCAAUCAAACCUGGGGAAGCAGCUUUGGUGAUUAUCAGAGGUGUAACUUGGCUUCUGCAGCAAUUUCCUCAGCUGGCAGACCGGCUAUGAUAGCAGCUAUCAAGCAAUUAUUUUUUCAUCUUUAAUAGAAAUGAUUAUAGGGUUAUUUAAAUUUGAUAAAAAGAUUUAAAUUUUAGGUUCAAAUGUAUAGUUAAAUCUGCCCCCAACCACACUGUAUUCUUUACUACGCUGUUAAUUUAAUAUGCAACAACAUAUUUGGUGAUCA